CAUUAUAAACACGAUCGCCGUGAAAAUUCCAAGAGAACUCCAGAUUUCCCCCAAUUUAUACCGACUGGAGUAGUAGUGGGAACUAAAAGCGAUGGCCACCUCCGCCGCCGCCCGGCGCCGCUCCUUGAACUCUCUCGGGCCGACCGAAACCCUGGAAAUCGGCAGCGGCCUAGCUCUCGCUCCGCGCGUCAAGCUUCUGCUCACCUUCUUCCGUUCCGAUCCCGCCGUCAAGCCCAUUGACGAGUGGAAGCUCAAGGUCGCUCUUCUCCACUUCCUACGCUCUAACCCCCUCUCCCUCUCCAUUCCCGAUGAAGACCUCCUCCUCCAUCGUCGCCCUGAUCUUCAUAAACGCAAGCGUGACGAACCUGUGGCGACAGGUACCCUCUAUGUCCGUGACUUAGGGUUCCUCAAAGUAAAAAACGAACAAGGACGGGAAGAGGACGAGCGGGCGCGCAGGAAGAUUUUCUUGGAUUGGCGGAGCUCCUUCGUCGACCGGCUUGCUGGGAUCGAUUUGAACUUGGAGGGCGUCAAGUUCAAAAUGAGCGUUGAGAUCCCGCCUGCGGAUGAUUUUGAGCAACUUAAGAAGUUGUGGGAGGACUGUUAUGCUUCUAAGUUUCUCGAUUCCCGAAGGGGAUUUACUAGGAGGCCAGACACGAUUAUAAUACGGGGUGUUCCUUCCAGAUGGCUGGCUGAGCCAAGAGUAUCAUCGAAGGCCUCAAUGCUGGUCACACAUACCAUUUUUUCCUCGUUGGGAAAGAUAAGGAAUCUUAAUGUUUCUGGGGACAAUAAUCUGGGUAACAAAACGGAAGAAACCAAUGAAAUUAUUUCAGGACUUAACUGCAAAGUCUGGGUUCAGUUUGAAAAUUACGAUGACUUCUAUAAUGCAAUGAAGGUGUUAUGUGGACGAUCAAUGCAGAAGGAAGGGUCACGACUUAAGGUAGACUAUGAGAUUUCCUGGGACCAAGAUGGUUAUUUUAAUGUACAGCAGACUUCCAGAAAUCAUAGGCAGGAUGUGCAAAUCAGUAUACAGGCUACAACAGACAUUGGUUCACGUCGUAAAAGAUUCAGGGAAUAAACCAAACACUUGGAACUCGAAGCCAGACUGAACUCAAGACGCAGAAGUGGCAAUGUUAUCUUCUUUAGAUUCACUAGUAGAUUGAUUUUGAUCUUAAACCUUAAUCAUCCUUAUUUGCCGUCAAGAGAACAAUUAUUAUUAUUAUCAUUUGAAUGGCUUUUGUAUAUCUAUUGAGCAAUCAUUUGCUCUAGAUAUAGUGAAUAAUGAGAGAGAGAUGGUAUCACGAUGAGAACUGAGACUAGGAUUGAUAGAAAAAAGUAUCAUCUGAUCCGAAAGAAGGCUGGCGUUGUGUUCAUUCUAAGGUUGCCCACCCUUGGGCCACUACUCCUUGUCUGCUAAGGCCCGCUGCUGUCCCUACGGUACUGGAUGUAUUCCAAGGAGCUCUCUCUAUAUUUGCACCUAAUUAUCCAGUUUGUCUGUAAAUGCAUGUUGGAUUCCACUCGCGUGGGUUGUGCUUUUGGAGAGGUAUGGGAUGUUUCUCGUGACAGCCUUAACCUUUUGUCAAUGCCUAUGAUGUCUGCCCUGUCCUCUUGACGAGGGAACCAAUCCACUCACCAAAAGUCAAGGGGCUAUCGUCUUUUGGCCUCUUAAGGUUUUAGUUGGUCGACCAAGACCUUGAUGCGAAGUGCAAACUUGAUAAUUUGGUUUAGUCAAGCUCGUUUGAGUCAUCCGACCAAGAAACAGGAGAGAAACAAGUAAAAUUUUAGGACUCGCCAGCCAAAGUUGAAGCAUCAGAUGUUAUAAUGACAACUUUUUCCUACCGUUUAGACACUAUUUUCCAUUGGUUAAUUCUGUUUCUUAUGUUGUAUAUUUUUUGUCAAAGUAAAUGUGGAAUGAUUACCAUAUCUAUCUCAAUGCUUCAAUUGAUUGUAUCAA